AUGAAGCUGGACACCACCGGAGCUUUUCAUCAGGAGACAUUCAAAGUGGUGGAAGCAUCUUACGAGCUGUCACUACUUAUUGCCAGAGCAAAGAAGGCUCACUCUAUUGGGGAGACUCUUGUAAAACCAUGCUUGUUGAGUGCUGCAAAUAUUGUGCUUGGGGACGAAAGCCAGAAAAAGGUAUCUAAGAUUUCCCUGUCUGAUAACACAGUGAAGUGUCGCAUUGAUGAACUUGCAGAUGACAUAAAAGAGCAAGUUUCAGACAAAAUAAAAGCGUCCAGCAUUUUUGCAAUACAGUGCGAUGAAACAACUGAUGUUGCCCACUGCCGCCUGUUGCUUGUUUAUUUUCGAUUUGUGGAUGAAGGAGCUGUGAAAGAAGAAAUGCUUUUCUCAACAUCACUGGAGACCCCAUCAAAGGCUUCAGAUGUCUUUGCAAAAGUUUCUGACUUUUUCAAGAAAGUGAUAUUUCAUUGGAAAAGCUAG